UCUCAGCGCAAAACAGCGAGUCAAGCACUCCAGUCGUUACGCUCUUUUGGCAGUCCAGUCGUCGCUCAGGGAGAAAAGGGAAAAGAGAAGAUGGAUGGGGCAUAUUCCUUCUUUGACCCGGACGGCACUCUCUCCCUCUUCUUCCUCCUCCAUAAUUGAUAAACACCCACUUCAUCGCCUCUCAAUUGGAACCCGCAAGAUCCCAAUCUCACACGCUGUUCUGAUAUUGUGACUGCUAAGGAUACGUGGGCUAGCAAUUAGAGAGUCUAUGAUGGUUUUCUUCAUGAAGAAGAUAUCAGUCGAUACCGGAGCUCUGACUGUUCUUAUGUAUACUUUUAUCUGGUUGAUGCUGACUAGUAGCUUCAGCUAUGGUCUUGAGAGCGAUAUAAAUUGCUUGAAGGCUCUGAAAGCUUCCUUGGAAGACCCCUUCAAUUAUUUAAGCUCAUGGGAUUUCAACAAUGACACGGAGGGCUUCAUCUGCAAAUUCACUGGGAUUGACUGCUGGCACCCCGAUGAGAGCAAGGUCUUAAAUAUUCGACUUUCUGACAUGGAGCUCAAGGGUGAAUUUCCACGCGGCCUUCAAAAUUGUUCAGCCCUCACAGGCCUAGACCUCUCCAGCAACAAGUUCUAUGGAACUAUUCCAUCGGACUUCUCAGCAAUACUCCCAUAUGUGACGACUCUUGAUCUCUCCUCCAACAAUUUUUCGGGUGAGAUCCCUAAGGGCAUGGUGAAUUGUACUUAUCUUAAUGUCCUUAAACUCGACAGAAAUAAGUUGAGUGGUCAAAUUCCUUUGGAGCUUGUCCUCCUUAGUCGGCUCAAGUCAUUCAGUGCAGCAAACAAUCUUUUGAGCGGACCAGUUCCCAGCUUCAACUUUUCUGUUGCCGCUGAGAACUACGCGAAUAAUGCAGGUCUAUGUGGUAGGCCCUUAACCGCUUGCCAGGGUGCGUCGAAGAAACCUCACUCUGGAGUCCUUGUGGGAGCCGCUGUUGGUGGGGUCACUAUUGCGGCAUUAGGUGUGGCUAUUGCUAUGUUCUUCUAUAUGCGCAGGGUGUCUAGAAAGAAGAAGGAAGAUGACCCUGAUGGAAAUAGAUGGGCAAAGAGUCUAAAGGGAGCCAAAGCCAUUAAGCUUUCCAUGUUUGAGAAGUCGGUUUUGAAAAUGAGGCUAAGUGAUCUAAUGAAGGCCACUAACAGCUUCAGCAAAGACUACAUUAUUGGGACAGGAAGAACAGGAACUGUGUACAAGGCAACGCUUGAAGAUGGGACGUCACUCAUGGUGAAGAGGUUGCAGGAUACAAAGCACUCUGAGAAAGAAUUUGCAUCCGAAAUGGCCACUCUAGGAAACGUGAAGCACCGUAACCUGGUUCCCCUGUUAGGCUUUUGUGUGGCUAAGAAGGAGAGGCUUUUGGUUUAUAAGUUCAUGCCAAAUGGUACCCUCCAUGAUCGGCUACAGCUUGUGAACGAAGGCGACAAAUCAUUGGACUGGCCUUUGAGGCUCAAAAUUGGGAUAGGGGCAGCCAAAGGGUUUGCUUGGCUUCAUCAUAGUUGUAAUCCCCGUAUAAUUCAUCGAAAUGUAAGUUCCAAAUGCAUUCUAUUGGAUGCGGAUUAUGAGCCCAAGAUAUCUGAUUUCGGACUUGCUAGGCUCAUGAACCCAGUUGACACUCACUUGAGUACUUUCGUAAAUGGGGAGUUCGGUGAUUUGGGUUAUGUGGCUCCUGAGUAUGCACAAACUCUUUUGGCCACUCCAAAAGGUGAUGUUUACAGCUUUGGGGUUGUGCUUCUUGAACUGGUGACUGGUGAGAGGCCUACAUUUGUGGCCAAAGCCCCAGAAAGCUUCAAGGGAAACUUAGUGGAAUGGAUUACACAACUUUCCAGCAACGGUAAGCUUCAAGAUUCCAUCGAUAAUACUUUGACCGGAAAGGGUUACGAUGGUGAGCUUUUCCAGUUUCUUAAAGUUGCAUGUAGCUGUGUAAUUCCGGCUGCCAAGGAGAGGCCAACUAUGUUUGAGGUGUACCAGCUUCUUAGAGCUAUAGGUGAGCGGUACCAUUUCUCAAUGGAUGACGAUAUUUUGAUGCCAUCAGACAACACUGGUGAUGCUGAUUAUCUAGAAGAGCUUAUUGUUGCCCGAGAAGUAAUAGAGAGCCAUUAGGGUGGUGUGGGUAGGUGAGAAUGGUGAAAGAUGAUACCAUAAAUUAUGUGUAAUUAUCUGCUGUAGCUGUUGUUGUUUAUAUAAAAAUGUUUAUAGCUUGCUUGUUUC